AUGCCCCGCCCCACCCCACCCCACCCACCCACCCACCCCACACCUCCUCAUGAAGGCAACAAAUCUUUGACUGACACUAAUGAAGAAAGGGCAAUUGUUCUUUAUAAGCCUGACGCACUUCCACCUGAGACAAAUGGUUCCACUGUACAGGAAGGAAACUCGAGAGUCCAGCUUUUGAAAGUCCUGGAGGCGCGCAAAACUGUGCUGCAGAAAGAACAAGGCAUGGCUUUUGCACGUGCUGUAGCUGCUGGGUUUGACAUUGAUCACAUUGCACCACUGGUGUCAUUUGCUGAAUGCUUUGGAGCCUCGCGGUUAAUGGACGCAUGCCGAAGGUUCGUUGACCUGUGGAAGGGAAAGCAUGAGACUGGACAGUGGCUUGAAAUUGAAGCAGCUGAAGCAAUGUCCUGUCGAUCAGACUUCUCUGCUAUGAAUGCUUCCGGCAUUAUGCUCUCUAGUGUGGCAAACAAACAGAAAGAACCCCUCAGUGACGUACCUCCAGAGAACAAUGGAAAGGCGGGCAUUGAAGCAACCUCAGGUGAAAGGCAUCCUGCUGAUCACCAAGUUCCAUUUGGUCAACAAGAAUAUUUCCAGGGCCAGUUUCCACACCCAAUGUUCCCUGCCUGGCCUGCACAUUCUCCACCUGGCACUCUACCAGUCUUUCAGCCAUAUCCUGUGCAGGGAAUGCCUUAUUAUCCAAAUUAUCCUGGGAAUGGCCCAUUUUAUCCCCCACCUUAUCUUCCAAUGGAGGAUUCUCGAAUCAGUACUGGUCAUAGGACACGACAAAGAAGACAAUCUGCCGAUGGUAGAGAUAGCAGCACAGGAUCAGAGGCAUCGGAGACGGAUGGCACCAAUGCAAGGUCACAGGGUGGCAUGGAGUUGGAGAAGGAAGGUUCACAUAGACGGGAACCAAGAAAGAAGACAGGUAGAUCAGGUAAAAAGCAAUCAGGUGUGGUUGUCAUCCGGAAUAUCAAUUAUAUUGCUUCAAAAGGGCAAAAUUCUUCAGAAAGUGUGUCCCAAUCAGGUUCUGACUCUGACACUGACAAGGAAUCUGGAGAUUUGCAGCGAAGUGCACUAGAUAUGAUGCACAAGAACUCAAUGGAAAGCAAUAAGAAUUGUAAAAGUUCUGCAGAUGGAUCAAAAUCCUAUACUGAGGAAUCAAUUAUCCAUGGGAAGGAGGCAGAUGGAGGACACUGGCAAGCAUUUCAAAACUUUUUGUUGAGGGACACAGAUGAGCAUGAUCAGUCUACUGAUCAAGGCUUGUUUGCAAUGGAAAAGAAUUUGAAGACAAAGAGACGACAACGUACAGUUGCUGAUGAUCCUUUGGCUGUGGUUGGAAGAGAUCAAAUUGAGGGACAAGAUGGGGGGUUUUCUGAAUUCCAAAAACUUAGUGGGAAUUUGACUCGAAAGUCAGGGGUGUCAAAUGAUGAAAUUCUAAUGUGUAGAGGGGAGGGGCAUUUUGAUGAUCACAGAGGAUCCACUGAUGAUAAAAUGGAUGUACAAUUUACUGAAAUAAAUGGAAGAAAGGUCAUGUACAGGGGAAGUGCAAAUGAUGAUUUUAUGGUUGUUGGACAUGAAAACCAUUCAAAUUUGGUCAGUUCAUCUGAUCUGCUGGCUUUAGAUGGACUUACACAUUCUGCCAGCCAUUUGAAUAAGAGUUCACACGAAAAAAUGACCGAUGAAUCCUUCAUUGUUCCUCUGCGGUCAAUGUCACUUGAUCAAGUUGGAGCUGGUGGAAGAGCUGCUAUUGACAUUGAUUCUGAGCUCCCUAAAACAGUUCAGAAGUCAGAAAUUGGUCCUAAUACAACUCCAAAUGGAAUCAACUAUGAACCUGAUGAUUUAAGCUUGAUGCCUGAACGUGGCACUGAGAAAAUAACUAUUGGGUAUGAUCCUGCUUUAGACUAUGAAAUGGAGGUUUGUGUUGAAGAUGCUGCUUCAAUGCAUAACAGCAAAGAGGUUGCAGCAGAUGUGAAAAAAGGUCCCAAGAAGUCAGAGAAAGACCAGAAGUCAAGAGUUACUCCAGGCACUCUGGAUAAGAAGUCUGUUGGGCCAAUAAGAAAAGUAAAACCUUCAAAGCUGAAUCCUCUGGAGGAUGCACGAGCACGUGCUGAUAGACUAAGAGCUUUCAAAGCAGAUCUCCAGAAAAUGAAGAAGGAGAAGCUAGAAAGUUUGUUUAGUUCCAAUGGGCUUAUGUUUAAACUUGUUCCUUUUGCAGGAAGAAGAACAGCUAAGGCGACUGGAAGCUUUAAAGAUAGAGAGGCAAAAGAGAAUUGCAGCAAGGGCAGUUCUGUGGUUCCUCAGUCACCAUUCUCACAGCAAACUGCAAGAAAAUCCUCCACCAAACUUUCUGUAACCUCUCAUAGAGUGUCAAAGUUCAGUGAUUCAGAGCCAGGGUCAUCAUCUCCUCUUCAGAGAUCCAAGUUAAGAACAUCUUCUCUUGGAUCCUCUGAAUCUCGGAAGGUAUCUAAAACUAGCAAAUCUAAUAAUGGCAACCAAGUGCCAGGAAAUAGGUUGACUAGAUCUGCUUCAUCAUUACCAGAGACAAGGAAAGAAAGCAGUUGUGUUACACCUGAUCUCAAAGCUUCAAAGGCACGUAUAAGAAGAUUAUCAGAACCAAAAACAAGUAGCACUCCUUAUGUUUCUUCAACAGAGUCGCAAAACACUGAAUUGAUAUCCAAACCAAAGAUGUCUAAGGAACCUGAGAGCAGAAAAAUAUCAGCUAUUAUAAGCCUUGAUAGAAGCAAGGCUGCAACCCUACCUGAACUGAGGAUUAGAAAAAAUAAAGACUCAGUGGAUGCAGGACAAAACAAACAUGCAGCCAAGGAGAUGAUACAGAAAGUGAAUCAGAGCAAGUCUUCUGCAACCUGCAGCAAUAAAACUGAUGAAAAGACACAUCAAAGUGAUCAGGUCAAUAGUCCUGUAAUUGAUAAGACUGUUGUGAUGCUUGGGUGUGAGAAACCUUCUCUUCCUGUUGUAUGUGUAUCAGAAGAAAAUAUGGGUGUGCAAAAGGAACAUUCUAACGACCAUGGAAAAGUAGAGAAAAUUGAGAUGAUACCAGAGUAUACAGUUCGUGCACCACCUUCACCCAUGGAUGGAGUGAAUGUAGAACCCAUUCAAAGCCAAUUACAAGAGCAACCCAGGUCUUAUGAGGUUCAUAUAGAGAAGGUAUCACCAAAGUCCUCAAAUAUUUGUAAAGCUGGAGAACCUUACCAGGCCCCUGUUGCUCGGCUCUCUUCUUUAGAAGACCCUUCUACUGAACAUUUAGAGUAUGGAAAAGCACCUCCAAUGAGCUCCGAGACUAUGAAGUCUAGUGCUGGAAUUGCCAAAGUACAAUUAUCUGGUCUUGAUAACAUUAAAUUACAAAAGAUUCCAGAAUCAGUGGGUAGGCUUCAAGUGAAGGAAUCGCCUAAAGGGUUUAGACGGCUUUUGAAGUUUGGAAGGAAGAACCAUAGUUCAAGUGCAGGGGAGCUUAGCAUUGAAUCAGAUAAUGCCAGUGUUAAUGGAUCUGAGGUAGAUGACAAUGCUACUAAAGCAGCUUCUUCUAGUGAAGGUCUCACCAACGUUGAAUAG